CAAACUCAAAAUUCUCGAGUCUCUCUCUGUUUCACACCUUCAUUACACAUUCACACAUCUGAGUUUUAGUGAUGGAGUUCGAUCAGUUGCCUCGUGCACCAAACUACUCCCUUCUUUCGAAGAUGGCAACCAAUGAUGGCCACGGCGAGAACUCGUCUUACUUCGAUGGGUGGAAGGCUUACGAUAGAGAUCCAUUCCAUCCUACCGAUAACCCAAAGGGAGUCAUUCAAAUGGGUCUAGCCGAAAACCAGCUUUGCCUGGAUUUGAUGCAAGAGUGGAUUAAGAAGAACCAGAGGGCCUCCAUUUGCACUGCAGCGGGAGUUCCAGAAUUCCAAGCGAUCGCAAAUUUCCAGGAUUACCACGGCCUGCCUGAAUUCAGAGAGGCCAUUGCCAAGUUCAUGGAGAAAGUGAGAGGAGAAGGAAUCAAUUUUGACCCUGCGAGGAUAGUGAUGAGCGGUGGAGCUACCGGGGCUGCCGAAAUAUUGGCCUUUUGUUUGGCUGACCCUGGCGAAGCAUUCCUUGUUCCAACGCCGUAUUAUCCAGCGUAUGUCGUAUAAGCUCCUCUAUAUAUAUUUAAGUUUUGAUGUCUAUUACAAACACGACAUAAUCCUACCUUUUUUUUUCUAAAUGGAAAUCUUCCAAGGCUGACGUUAUGGUAGAUACCAAGACAUUCUGGUUUACUAGUCUAAUAACAAAUGAAAAUUCAACAAAAAUAUUCCUGGUUAUCCUUUUUUCUUCUUAU